AUGGUCUUCUUCACGAUCUUCGCCACGAUCGAUUCGUUGACCUUGCUGGGCGCCAUGACCGGCCUGUUGGGCACGUCGGUCUUCUCUUUGAAGGCCAUCGCUGACUUGGAGUAUGACUUGAUCAAUUCGGUGGAUUUCUUCAGCCGCUACAAUCAAUCACACAGGGUAGAAAUGGCUUUCCUGGCCUUGAACGUGCUCUCGGUGCUCCCGUUCUUGGCCAACUGGUGGCUGGCCCCAAUCCAGUUGCUGUGGGCUGCCGCCUUCUAUGCAAGAACCCUGACUGGAGGAUAUGUGAUUGAGGAGAAGGAUGUGUUCAAGCCAGAGGCAUAUCAGAAGCAGCGGAGAUGGGUCAUGAUGGGCUUCUUCAUUUACUUGGUCUCUAUUUUCAUCUACUUUGCUCGUGCGAUGUGUGCCAUCAUGGACAUCCACGUGCACGGCAUUUCGCCCUAUGACUGA